AUGGAUUACACUUGUGUAGCUGCUGGUUCUUUCCAUCAGGGAGAUCCACGAUUCACUGAUAGUAACAACGCUCAGUGCGUGGCCAAUGCAGCUUGUGCCCUUGCCUGGCAAGUGUUCUGCGGAGGUUUCAGUUCAUCCGCCAUCGACGAAAUACUCAUGGCCGGCGAUCGCCUAUAUGCGAAAUCUCGCCGUGAGUUUUGCGUUGUUGACAGGUUCCUGUUCCCCGAGGAACUGUCCAGGACAUUUGAUAUUGCGGAGAAACAGAUUUCCAUUGAGGAAAUUACGCAUGUUUCUAACGGGUUGUACCCGACUUGUGUUGAUGGCUUGGAUGAGGCGGUCAAGUCUUUAUCAUCCAGUUUGGAGAAUGCCAUGCCCGCUGAUUCUCUCGACGGCGGGUUUCUUUUCACGGGGCAACUGGUGACUGUUGCAUUUUGGCGUCACCAAGAUCAUUUCUAUUUAUUUGAUUCACACGCCGUGAAUGAAACCCGCCGUAGAGACAUUGAAUCGGAUAAAAAUAAGGCUAGGUUAUUCGUAUGUGGGAGUUUCCCUACACUAGCCUCACUUUUAUUGGUGAAUUGUGCGUUCGUCGGCGGACAGUACAGCAUCAUGAAACUUAGGUUUUCAAUUGACUCCACUGUCCGGUCGAUCGAACGUAUCGAUAAUGAUCCACAACCUAUUCCCCCCUCCCAGACAGUUUCUGCCCCUAAAAAAUGCCCCGGAAGACCUAAAAAAGCCAAACGUGGACGUCCGAAAACUUUGGAAACCACAAGGGAAGAGCAAGUGAAUGCGGCUAAAAAGAAGUAUAGGGAGACACACUCUGAUCAAAUCAGGGAUGACAAAAAGCAAUACUCCCAAGAUCACCCUGAGGUAAAUAGAGCGGCUGUUGGGCGUUACAGCCAAACGCACCCUGAGGUCAACAGGGCUGCAGUUGGCCGUUAUAGCCAAACGCACCCUGAGGUCAACAGGGCUGCAGUUGGCCGUUAUAGCCAAACGCACCCUGAGGUCAACAGGGCAGCUGUUGAGCGUUACAGCCAGAGUCACCCUGAGGUCAACAGAGAGGCGGUUGGUCGAUAUAGCCAACGAAAUCCUGAUGCCUCUCGACAAAGGGUGCAGAUUUUCCGGCUACAUAAUCCUUUGUUUUCCGAACUUCGCCACUUGCCAGCUUCACUUGCUCGAAGCAUUUCUGAUCACGGUCCAAUGGGGUCUUGGAAGGGGGACUUGUUAAAUGAUAUCUCAGCUUACAGUCUUAAAAUAAUUAGUCUUUGGGACAGUGAUAUUUUCAAGUGCAUACACUGUGGCGCUCCACUUUUUGAGGAGGAAAAGAGUAGGAAGAAGUGGUGUUGCGGACAAGGGGCAUAUAACGUCCUUGAUCUAAGUCCCCUUGAUGCAGUCUUCUAUUCUGAUCGUCGUUUUCUCGACAGGGCUCGUGCCUACAACGACCUGUUUGCGUUUAGUGCCUUAGAAGUAUCUGGUGGGUACAGACACCCCAGUGGUCUGGCUUUCUUUAAAAUCGAAGGUCGAAUGUACCACCAGAUAUACAACCUGUCCGACCCCGGUCAAAAGUUCACCACCAAGACUGGGGACGUUCAGUUUGUGAAUCGCUCCCGUCUUUACAUCGACGACGGUGAAGAACGGCGGAAUAUUGCCUUGGGUAGAUCACUUGACGGUGACGUUGUUGACUCGAUCACUCGAUACCUGUCACAGCAGAAUCCAUACGUCGCUCACUAUCGGCGUUUGGGUAGUGAGCCAGCUGUGAACGCACACUUGGAUUUCCAAGUGACAAGUAGAUCUACCCAUGGUCCCGUUCUAGGCGACAGGCAAACAGGCGUUGAGGUGCACGCUGUCAUAAGCACCGACGAUACAGUGUACGAGCCCCGCAAGCUUUCCGUUUGGAAAGUUGGAUCCGGAAGACCCACUUCUAUCAACCUUUUUAGUCCUCUCAUGGAGCCCUUCCAGUACCCUCUGCUCUAUCCUCAAGGAACUUUGGGCUGGCAUAUUGGACGCCGCGACAAUUUUAACAAUAAGUUGUCCCAGUAUGACUACUCCCGUUGUCUUCUGCUGUCUGAGCCUCGUUUCUCACACCUCGGCCGACUGUCUCAAGCUUGGCAGGUUGAAAUGUAUGCCAGAUACGAGGACGAGAAGCUCAACUACAUCAAGUUCACGCAGACGAAGGCAGCUGAAAAUGCCAUGAGGAUAGGGCCGUUGGAUGAGAUUGAAGCGGCGAAUCGUGGUGGACGUCAGGUCCUCAACGACAUUAACAAUGACGAGACCGUUCAGGGGGAGGGUGGGGUACAAGCUGGAAAGGUUUACCUCCCAAGUUCGUUUACCGGGGGGCCGAGAUACAUGAAACUUCGAUACGAGAAUGCUAUGGCAUUGGUCUCACGUCUCGGCUUCCCCACAUUUUUUCUCACAUUCACGUAUAGUGCGACUUGGGAGGAGAACAAAAAAGCCUGUCCUCGAAAUAGCGGUCGCAGUGAUCCCAGCACGGCCUGCAGAGUUUUCUAUAUCAAACUGCUGGAACUCCUCCGCGAUCUGCGCAGCGGAGCUAUGUUCGGUCGGUCUGUCUACAUAGUCCACGUCAUCGAGAUGCAGAUGCGGGGCCUUCCACAUGCCCACAUCGUGUUUAAAAUCGAAGGCGAUGGACCUGUGCAGGCUUCCGACAUAGACUCCCUCAUCCGCGCUGACAUUCCAUCUCCGGAGGAGGCAGGAGGCCGAUUAAGGGCGUUGGUUCUGCGUCACAUGAUCCACGGACCUUGUGGUACGGAUCACAGGACCGACUUCCCUUGCUGGGACACUGCCAAAGGCAGCUGUUCUAAAUUUUUCCCCAAACCACCCUGUGAAUCAACCCAUGUAGACGAGAGGGGCUUUGUAAAAUAUCAACGUGAUUAUGGUAACGAGGGGAGUAUAACUUCAAGAAACAAAUCGAUUCCUGUACAUGACGGCUGGGUCGUGCCGUACAACUCGGCAUUACUACUUAAAUACGAGGCACACAUCAACUUGGAGGUAGCUUCCACUCGUCGUGUGAUCAAGUAUCUGUUUAAAUACCUCAUGAAGGGUGGCUCGCUUCAGAACGUCAAAGUUACUCCUCUUAGUAAACAAGACGAUGAAGUUGAGCACUACGUCACGAAGCGUAUGGUGGGAGCCAGCGAUGCAUGCUGGCGUCUCUUGGACUUUCCCAUCUCAAAGUCUGAGCCCACAGUCGAUUGUCUCCCUGUCCACCUAGAGGGAAAACAGACUGUGUGCUUCCGCCCUAACAACUUGACACACGCCACUUCUGGAGCUACCUCUGACCUGCUCUUGUAUUUCAAUAGGCCUCUUGACUCAGUAUUCGACGAUUUAACCUACCAGUCUUUUUUCGAGCAGUACGUUAUUCAUAACAAACGCCCUAGUAAUGCUGAGGUGUACGACCAUCCAGACGGCAAGCAUUUCCUUACCUCAAGAAAGCGUGGUCAAAAGAUCUGUCGUCUCUUCUGGGUCUCGCCAAACAGAAGCGAGCAGUACUUUCUUAGGCUCCUUUUGAUGGUCAUUCCGUGCCGGGGAUACGCCGACCUGCUUGCUCGUGGUGGUGAUGGUUGCACGACAUAUCAACAGGUUGCGCGCACCCUCGGUUUGGUUGAGGACGAGGACGAGUACCACCAAGCCCUCAAGGAAGCAGCUCGCUUCAUGGUCGGCCCGAGGCUCCGCUCUUUCUUUGUCCUUCUGUGCAACAUGGGAGCUCCUGCGGCCCUCUUGUGGGAUGCUUUCCGUGACGCAUUGUGCGAAGACCAUUUGGAGCGGAAUCCUCUUGAUCACGAGGUUGCGUACAAGCUGGCUCUGAUUGAGAUCGAUCGAAGCCUUCGACGUCAGGGAUCCUGCUUGGCCGAUCACGGUCUCCCUACUGUAGACGACGACACGACCGAACUGGGGAGGGAACUUCUCAUGUACGGUGAAAAUCGUCAGAGAUCACUUGUAGAUGAGUGGGAACCUAAACUUUCCCGCGACCAGAGGGCGGUCUUCGAUUAUGUUCGGUCUCUACUACAGGGCCAAGUCGAUCGUCGAUCAACAAAAUUGAUCUUCCUUGACGGACCCGGAGGCUACGGCAAGACAUUCCUAAUACACGUAAUCCUCGCUUACGUCCGUAGUCGUAACCAGGUCGCUAUUGUAACGGUCGUAUUCCCCUUGGAAUACGUACUGUUACUUUGGGUGACGUAG